UUACAUGCAAAAAGAGAUGUCUUCAUGAGAACACCAUCUCCACACUAAGGAACCUACAGCUUGUGAAAGUGACAAAAUUUGCUGAAGGUCAAUUUGAGGGGGCAAAAAGGCAAAGGGACAAAAGAGGACAAGAGUGGGUGAGAGUUAUGGCUUCAACAAGCAGUCUCUUGUAUGAAGAACAGCUCCAGUGCUCCAUCUGUCUGGAUGUGUUUACUGAUCCAGUCUCUACUCCAUGUGGACACAACUUCUGCAAGACCUGUCUCAAUGAGUUCUGGGACACCAGUUCGCAUUACAAAUGUCCAAUGUGCACAUUAGAUUUCCCCAAAAGACCAGAGCUCCGUGUGAAUACGUUUAUUUCAGAACUGAGUGCUCAGUUUAAGAUGUCAGUUCAGUUCAAAUCCAGCAGCAGUGCUGAUCAACCUUCAAACCAGGAACCUAAAGGGGUUCUGUGUGACUCUUGCAAUAAGGAAAAGCUUGAGGCGCUAAAGUCUUGUUUGGACUGUGGCGUUUCUUUAUGUCUUACUCAUCUGCUGCCUCAUAAAACUGCAGCUAAAUUAAAAAAACACAAACUGAUCGAUCCUGUGGAGAACCUAGAGGACUACAUCUGCCAGAAACAUGAAAAAACGCUGGAGCUGUUCUGUAGAGAUGACCAGAUGUGUGUGUGUCAGUUCUGCAUUUUGGGGGACCACAAGAAUCACAACACUGUUCCUAUGGAGGAGGAAAGUCAAGAGAAGAAGAGUCACCUUGUGGAGACCCAGAAGCAUGUUCAGAAGAUGAUCCAGAGUCGACAGGAAAAGCUGGAGGAGCUAAAACAGUCUAUAGAACUCAAUCGAAGACAUGCCAACAUGGAGAAAACGGAAAGCAUGAAGAUGUUCAGCGCUCUGAUGCGUUGCAUUGAGAAAAGCCAAACUGACCUUCUUCAGGUGAUGGAAGAAAAGCAGAACGCAAAUGAACGACUAGCACAACAGUUCAUUCAAGAGCUGGAGCAGGAAAUUGCUGAAUUACAGAAAAAAAACGAUGAGAUGCUGCAGCUCUUACGUACCCAAGAUCACCUUAAGUUCCUACAGUUUUACCCGUUUCUGCACGGACCUUUACACAACAACUAUUGGAAUAAUGUCCAAAAUAAUUCGCAACUCAGUAUAGAGACAUUGAGGAGAGUUCUUCAUGAGCUUCAGGAGUCUCUCAAUAAGGAGAUUCUGAAGCUUCCAGAGAUUGAACUAAAGAUAUUUCAGCAAUAUGCAGUGGAAGUGACUCUGGAUCCUGACACAGCGAAUUCUAAACUUAUCCUGUCCAAUAAUCUAAAACAAGUGAGAUAUAGCAACAAAGGACAGAACGCUCCUGAUAACCCCGAGAGGUUUAAGCGUUGUGUCAACGUGCUGGCGAAGGAGGGAUUCUCCUCAGCAAGAUUUUACUAUGAUGUGCAAGUUAGAGGAAAAACAGCCUGGGAUUUAGGAGUGGCUCGUGCGUCUAUCAAUAGGAAGGGGGAAAUUAUAUACAAUCCAAAGAAUGGAUACUGGAUCUUGAUGCUAAGGAAUAAGACCGAUUACAAGGCUUGUGAAUCUCCCCUCAUUCCCCUUACAUUAAAACAGGCUCCUCAGAAGGUAGGGGUGUUUGUGGAUUAUAAUGAGGGUUUGGUCUCCUUCUAUGAUGUUGAGGCUAAAGCUCAUAUUUACUCUUUCACUGGUCAGACUUUCACUGAGACACUCUAUCCAUUCUUUAGUCCGUGUCUUAAUCAUAGUGGAAAGAAUUCAGCACCACUGAUCAUUACAUCUACUGAACAUUAUUUUUCCACGGAAAACAUCUUUGCAUGUUAAGAAAUAAACCAUCAGGUGGUAUCAAAAAGUUUCACUAUCACCUUCAAAUAGUCCCCUUUUACAGCAAUAUUCAUUCACUUCAAUUCAGUUGUAUAGACAUUCACUGGGCUUUGUCUCAAAGCAGAUUUACAGAGAUAAAGUGGUAAUGAGGUUGUAUAAAAGAAUGUGUUUUUUGCAUAUGUUAUUUCCUUAUAACUGUUUAUCACUAGUGAGCGAGCCAGUGGCGACUGUGGCAAGAAAAAACUCCCUGAGAAGAUAUAAGGAAGAAACUUUGAGAGGAAUCAGAUUUGAAAGGAACCCAUCCGCAUCUGGGUGGAACCCAUCCUCAUUCAUUGCAUUUCCAUUGUUGAGGUGUGCAUUAUGGGUGCGCAAAUACAGUGACUUUCUUCAGCUCUUGAACCGCGCUUGCUGCUCAGAACACCUCGAGCGACUCUUUGCAGCAUUGCUGUAUGUCAAACGGACGUCACGUCAAGCUUCUCUGUGGCGGAUUUGCACGGUUUCACGGAAAAUAUCACGUUUGCUCUUUGUUCCAAUCGCUGUCCAUGAUGAAAUCGCAGAUGUGGUGAAGCAUGUGGUCAGAGUAGCACCAUUACACCAUUCGCCUUAAAACUUUUUGAUACCUCCUCAUAGCACGCAAUUAGAAAGAUUUAAAAAAUAUAUUUUAUAUGAUUUUAUUUAUGAUGUCUGCAGUUAUUAGAUUGUGUACAAUCAUUUUGUCUUUUCUGUAAUGUAUUUAUAGAAAAUCUAUCAUAUGUUAAAACUGUUAAAAAUGGCAUGUUUUACAGUUUA